AUGGCAGGCACGAGGAAUUAUGAUUUUCUUAUCAAACUGCUCCUAAUCGGCGACUCGGGCGUAGGAAAGUCAUGCUGUCUCCUGCGCUUCAGCGAAGACUCUUUCACCCCCUCCUUCAUCACCACCAUCGGCAUCGACUUCAAGAUCCGGACAAUCGAGCUUGACGGCAAGAGGGUGAAACUGCAGAUCUGGGAUACCGCGGGUCAAGAGCGUUUCAGGACCAUUACAACUGCGUACUACCGAGGCGCGAUGGGAAUCCUGUUGGUGUAUGAUGUUACGGAUGAGAGAAGUUUCAACAACAUCCGAACAUGGUUCUCCAACGUUGAGCAACACGCCACCGAAGGCGUCAACAAAAUCCUCAUAGGCAACAAAUGCGACUGGGAAGAAAAGCGCGCCGUCUCCACCGAGCAGGGCCAAGCCCUCGCCGACGAGCUAGGAAUCCCCUUCAUGGAAGUCUCCGCCAAGUCGAACAUUAACGUCGAGAAGGCCUUUUACAGCCUCGCCGGAGACAUCAAGAAACGCAUUGUGGAUACCCAGACUCCGCAGCAACAGCAGAGCGCGGGUGGCGUGCAAGUUGGAGGCGGUCAGAGUGCUGUCGGUGGAUUGGGGAAGAACUGCUGUUAA